GCCCAGCCUCGAGCCUGGGGUGGAAGCACGUGCUGGGGGCGGGAGCAGCGAUCGCAGCUAUGGCGUCGUUACUUUGGGGAGGCGACGCAGGGGCUGCGGAGAGCGAGCGGCUGAACAGCCACUUUUCAAAUCUCAUCCACCCCCGGAAGAACCUUCGGGGUAUUAAAAGUACCGCAGUCCCAAACAUAGAUGGUUCUCUUAACAUCGAAGAUGAUGAUGAAGAUGAUAUAGUGGACUUGGCAACUAAUUCACUCUUGAACAAGUUAAUCCGUCAGUCCUUAGUAGAAUCCAGUCAUCGAGUGGAAGUUUUGCAAAAAGAUCCCAGCUCUCCACUUUACUCAGUAAAAACAUUUGAAGAGUUGAGACUAAAGGAAGAAUUACUAAAAGGAAUCUAUGCAAUGGGAUUUAACAGGCCAUCCAAAAUCCAAGAGAUGGCUCUUCCUAUGAUGCUGGCACAUCCUCCCCAGAACCUCAUAGCACAGAGCCAGUCUGGAACAGGAAAAACAGCUGCCUUUGUCUUGGCAAUGCUAAGCAGAGUGAAUGCCUUGGAGUUGUUCCCACAGUGCCUCUGCCUGGCUCCUACCUAUGAAUUGGCUCUGCAGACUGGCCGUGUGGUUGAGCGGAUGGGAAAAUUCUGUGUGGAUGUUGAAGUGAUGUAUGCUAUUCGAGGGAAUCGAAUUCCCAGAGGCGCUGAAGUCACCAAACAGAUUAUAAUUGGCACUCCUGGGACUGUCCUAGAUUGGUGUUUUAAGCGAAAAUUGAUUGAUUUGGCUAAGAUUCGUGUGUUUGUCCUGGAUGAAGCAGAUGUGAUGAUUGACACCCAAGGAUUCUCAGAUCAGAGCAUUCGUAUUCAACGAGCUUUGCCCUCUGAAUGCCAGAUGCUUCUGUUCUCUGCAACAUUUGAGGACUCUGUGUGGCAGUUUGCCGAGCGAAUCAUUCCUGACCCUAAUGUUAUCAAGUUGCGCAAAGAAGAGCUGACCCUGAACAACAUCCGACAAUAUUAUGUGUUGUGUGAGGACAGGAAAGACAAAUAUCAAGCUCUGUGUAACAUUUAUGGUGGCAUCACCAUUGGCCAGGCCAUCAUCUUCUGCCAGACGCGUCGAAACGCCAAGUGGUUGACCGUGGAGAUGAUGCAGGACGGCCACCAGGUGUCCUUGUUAAGUGGGGAGCUGACAGUGGAACAGAGAGCUUCCAUCAUUCAGAGGUUUCGGGAUGGGAAAGAGAAGGUUCUUAUAACGACCAAUGUUUGUGCUCGAGGGAUUGAUGUGAAGCAGGUCACAAUUGUUGUGAACUUUGAUCUCCCUGUAAACCAAGCCAAAGAGCCAGAUUAUGAGACCUACCUCCAUCGCAUAGGGCGGACAGGACGCUUUGGGAAAAAAGGCCUGGCUUUCAACAUGAUUGAAGUGGACAAGCUGCCCCUGCUCAUGAAAAUUCAGGACCACUUUAACAGCAGUAUUAAGCAGCUUGACCCUGAAGACAUGGAUGAGAUUGAAAAGAUUGAAUAUUGAAGAAAGAACUCUAUUGUUUGUGAGAGAUAAUAGUUUAUGUGAGAAUGUUCCAGUGAGUUUUGAAGGUAGUUUUUUUUUUUCUUUUUUUUUUUUAAAUGUUCAGUCUAUUUCAAUGUGAAAUUGUU